AUGAACGUGUCCGUGGGGCUGCGGGAAUCUUUCUUCAAGGCGCUAGCCGUGCCUGAGGGAUCUUCCCUGCAGCAAAAUAUCAUAAAGUCUGCGGACGCUCUUCUCGUUGGUGGCGGCGGAGAUGAAUUGAUGGUUAUCCCUAACGGUGUGAUUGAGGGCGAGGCGGCCGAUCUUUUUUCUCCGCUGCCCGAGAGACGUGAGGUGGCGGUUGAGCAUCUGGCAGCGCUCUGGAUAGCGGCAAAGUUUUGGGGGACCUCCACCCAUCGCGUGUCUAUGCUGUCUCUGUUGACGGACAUUCUUCUUGAGGCGGGCCUAGCAGGCAAAGUGGAUGAGUACGGCGUUUUGUUGCAAGAUACACCGGAGCUUGUGAACCGGCUUUACAAGACGGAGAUGGUUCUAUUGCGGCGGAGCAGGUUUAUUGUUCCUUGCGUCUCUUUACGUUAG